CAACAGCUUUGACAUUACUUUAUUUCAUUCCUGCAGUUGAUGAGGCCUUCUUAGGAGCGGCAUUGGAGCUGUCGUUGUUCUUUCAACUCUAAGAAUGGCAAAGCUUAAAACUAAGAUAGCCAUCUUAGCUGUACUAGGUGUUGUUUUAGCAGUGUUUUAUCCGAAGAUCAAAGCGGUGUACGGGAAACAUGUAAAACCUCAUGCAGACAUAGCCGCGAAUGUUGUUAAAUUCAUCAAAGAUUUCCACAUUUUUGGCUAUCACAUCCCGUGGAAAUAUGUGCUUCCUGGAUUUGCCAUAUUUGUUGCCAUUCAGCUGUUUAGGGUAAGUAUCAAUUGUAAAACAUUUUACGGUUUUUGCUCUUUCCUGUAACCGUUUGACAGUACUAGCUUUAUAACAACAUUUUCAUUGAAUUGAAUAAAUAACCCAAAUUGAAACGAAGAAAACAACAGUAAAUCUUUAAUUUCUGAGAAUAAUGAAGGCAAAAUGUGGAUUUUUUUAGUGUUGAUAUUCUGCAAAGAUGGAACCCCUAAUUGUGUUAAUCGGAAUGUUUUUGUGCGGCAUUGACUAGACGAGCACCUGCUAAUAGCGUUGUUGAAGAUUGUGUACGGUGUUUACAUAAUUUUCUCAGUUACGUCGUCAGUCAAUUUUCCUGACUGAAAUAUUUUGUACAAAAUUGCCUUGUCUUUUUUAAGAAUAUGUUCCCAAAAUGGUCGGCAUUCGGAAAUAUAAUGUUUUAUUGGUGAAUAGUUAAUUUAAAGUUUUUCCUUGGGCAGAUAUUCUAGGGUGGGGUAGGCUGUGAGGAAAAAUGAUGUUUUGGAAUAUGUUUUUUUUGGAAUAUAUUUUAGGAUUUAAUUUACCUCUCGAAUUGAAACGUUAGCUUUGAACUUUUAAGGCAAACGUGAGAUGAAUUAGAGAAGUCUUGUUCCCAUCCUGUUAUUUCUUAAAUAUUACUUGAGUAAACCUUUAGUGAAUAAUUAAGUACAACUUUUAAAUUUGAAGCACAGGCCACACCUUGGAUUACUACUAGUGUUUGUGUUUUUGUAGUCAGGACAGGUACCUGAAUACUUCCUAUGGGUUUGGGAAUAAUUUACAUUUUUGUAUUGUACAAAGUUCACUCAAAAUGCUUUUAAUAUUCCAUCUUCUGGUUUUGAAAAAAUUUUAAUGACCUUAAAUAACAGAGAAUUGAAGGAUUUGAACAGAAGCCAAUUAUAUCAAACCUCUUUUUUCAGAUAUUUUCUAAAAUUUUUGUAAAUUAUGAACAAAGUAAUAUGUAUGAUAAGAUUACCAUGUCAGACUCUCUUCUAUAACUGACUUGGGAGUAAUUAUCUUUUUUUCUGAUAAUAGAGGAGACGUAGGCUAAAGAAGCUUGCAGAGGAACAGAAGAAAAAAGACCAAACCUUUAUGACUGAGGAGGAAGGUAAUGAGACAGUUUUCAUUGUUUCAACAUUGUUUAUGGUUUUUUGUUUUAGUUAGUGAUUGUAAAUCAGUUUCCCUUUUAUCACUUUCCCUUACUUCUGAAAACAGUUGUUUAGUGCUAAAAUCAGACCUCUUUAAUAAAACAUUUAUGUGAUGCUUAAACCCCACCUUUAAAACCCUGUAGGUUUUGUGAAAAUUUAAUCAACUCUGUGUGGAGUCCAGCAAACUCAUCAGGCAUUUGGCUAUUAAUACCAAACAGUUCUGUAGUUGAUAACUUUAUAAUGUAAAUGAUUUUAAAAUUUUUUGUAAAUGCCAUUUUGCAAAUGGUAUUUUUUCAUAAUGACUUGUGUACAAAUAACUAUUUCAUCAGUGUAAAUUAUGAUUCUAUGCCAAGCCUGCAUUCCCCCUGCUAUUCAUAAACAUGAUAAAUCCCUUGCAUCAGUCAGCAGGUUUGUCCAGUUGGAUACAAAUUAUUGCAUCAAAAAUGCACUAUUCUUCUCUUUGUUGUAUCCAAAAAAUACUGAGUAUGGUGGUGUCUUUUCACUGAAAACUAUCUUGGAGAUUGUGAAAUGUCGUUUUGCAUGUCCAUUUCUUGAAUUUUCAUUUUGAGAUGUUCAAAUCAAAUAUGUCAAGUUACUUAAAACAGCUAUCAUGGUUUGUGGUAUGCACUUCCAACUUUUUUUAUAACCUUUAAAUAUACUUAUAUAUAAAUUUUUUUAAUGCAUGCACUCUUGAUUGAUAAUUUAUUUUACAAUCUUUGAAUUCAUAAGCAGUCACAACCACUACUAACUGUUAAACAAUACUUACAGUUAAAUUAAGGAACCUUGCUUGUCUACUGCCCUAAGUCACAUGUAUACUUCUACACACCGGGAAACACUUGAACAUCAGACUUGUUACUUUUGCUGGGAUUUUAGCUGAUAGAGUGGCAGGGUGAAUGUAUGGCUUUCCUCUAAUCAACUGUAACAUUAAUCCUAUCAUUUAAAAUCCAUCUUUUAAACUUGCUGAUAAUUUUCUCUUAAUCUCUCAUUGCAUUUCUUCCAUUUAUUUUUAUUUGGUCUCCUCGCCAAAGUGGUAAUAACUGUCUCAUCUCUAAAAUUGUACACCUGACUCUUCAAAUUUAACCCAAAAAACCAUCAGUUUACUUAAAAAUUUCCAUGUCCUGUCAGCGACACACUUGCAAAGAUGGUCAACUUUUAAUACUUAAGUAAAAUGUCUGAGAAAAGUUCUGUCCCUUUCAGCACGUCAAGUGCAUACCACAAACCAUGUCCCAAAACCUGAGAGCCUUGACAUCAAACCGGCCUGCAACCAAGCAGACCUGUCAAUUGUUGGAAACCGUGUACGGACAUACUUGUAUUGGCCUUCAACAAGCUCAGUUAAUGUUUUUGAACUAGCAAGAGCUGGCUUUGUGUUUACCGGUAUAGACGAUAUCGUAAAAUGCUUUAAGUGUCAGGGCACCCUUAAAAAAUGGAAGCCCGGAGAUGAUCCUUUGGAGGGUCACAAAGAGUUCUAUCCUGAUUGUCCACAUGUUGUGGCUCUUGAAGAAGUAAAAAAGCCAAUUAAUACUGAAACCCAACUGGAAGACCUGCUAACUGUUUGUGAUGGAGUAAGCCAUCGUCUGCAGCAGUUGCGUGCAAUUCAGAGUAAGGCAACUGGAGUAGAGCCAGGUAUGGAAACUGCUCAAGUAUGUUGUCUCUAAGUGAAGCCAGUGUCCCUAGAAAUGCCCUGCUGUUAGCAACUGUGAUAAGCAAUCCUGGACAAAAUUUAUUGUAGUUUUGUCAGUUAGGGUGAAUCAGAACUUUAUACCCUAACAUCAGUAUUCAUAUUCUCCAUAAUGUUCUCUAUACAUUUCCUAAUGUGCUGAAUUUGUUUAACAAUUAAGAGGUUCUUCAGUUGAUUCUCCUUUCCUUUACUCUCAUGACCUUAAUAUUUGAUUCAUGGGUGAUAUUGAAAGGAGAGUUAGUCACUCUUAGGGAUCAAAGGGUUAAGACUGAAGAAAAUUUUUUUCCCUUAAACUUCUUUUGUUUUAAUAUUUACUAAUAGUUAAUUUCUCGAGCACAUAUUCAUUAUUCCACAGCUAAGAAGCAUCUAACAGAGUUGCAGAAGCGGUUAGACACUACAGAACGCACAAUGCACCUUGUUAUGAAACAGAUGGAAGCUGUAACUAAGUGUCUGGCUAAAACACUGGCUGACGAUCCGGCUAUGAGUGGUGAUAAAUCCUUAGCAGAGAUCACAGAGGGACUUGUCAACUUAAAAGAAAGCAAUGUUUGAUGGGGUUCAUUCUGUAUUUGAACACUACAGAGCACUUGCACUUCUUAAAGUUCCCCUCACUAGUGAAAUAGCCUUUUUAGGAAAUGAUUGCAGGCAUGUACUGUGAUUGGCCAGAUAUGGCAGAGCUCUUUCAUUGUCUAUAAGUGCAACUAUGAAAAAUAAUUUUGCAAGAUAAAUUUCCCUAAAAAUUUUGGGUACGAUAACAAAUAGGGAUAACAGAAAGAACUUGCCAAUUAUAAUAAAAUCACAUGAGAAGUAAUAAUGCCAAGGGUGUCAGAUGGCUCCUAUUGCUGAUGAAAAUUAAUUUUGAAUGAAAAAGGAACUUUUUAUCACUGAAUACAUGUAAGAAAUAAGAAAAUACACAGAAAAUAACUCUUUUAUUGUCAAAUAAUUGGUUAUUAUUAGCUUGUUGAACAUGAAAUGAGGAUACUGGUUGUCCAAAUUUGUGCAAAUUCAAAAAAGUUUGAAAUAACAUCAAAUGAGUAUUGAAAGGUUUUUGUCAAGUUGUAAUGCAUCACAGAUUUAUCUGACUAUUUAUUUCAAGUUAUCUUAUUUAUGCACAGCAGUAGCUAAGUUAUUUAUUAUCUAGUAUGUGUAAAGACUAAACAGUUGUUUAUUGAAAAUAGACAUCAUGUAAUGAUCUUAUAUUAUAUAGAUAUUAUUGUAUGAAAUAUAGGGGAGAUAACAACUAAAAUUUUACCCUUUAAUUUUGCCACUUAAAACAUUUGGCACUCAGAAUUUGUCAGACUAUAGGUUAAGUCCAUUUUUAUUCAAAUAAUAUCAAUAUGGCCUUGGUUUUCUGAAAAAAAAGGUAGUUUCUAAACAUUUUUGAACCUGUUGUCAUUGAUUGCUCAUAGUUAAAGAUUUCAAAUUUUGGUCCAGAUUUUAAAUUAUAACUUGAUGUACAGCUGUUUCAGUUCUUUUACAUUUCCAUAUUUGUCUUAAAAAUUGCUGGUUUUGGGCACGGAAAUUUUUAUGAAAAUAAAAUAUGUUUAAAGUAUAUCCUUAUGUGUGACUCGAAGUACAUUGUGGUGUAACUCCUGUUUGGAUUGUUUGUGAGUCAGUGAUAGCAAUCUCAUGCUGAGGUUUGUGGAAAACUUUUACCCCUUUCACUUCCAAGAUCUCAUUAGUAAAUCUCUUUUACUGUCUGCCAUACAAUUCUUAUGAUGGUGGUUCUCAGAAUUUGGUAUUGGAUCAACUAAUAGUCCCCUAGUUGAUAUUUUUCUUUAUUCUCAACAUUUGUCUGCUUGACAUUGGACUGAUGUUGUAAGGAGAUGUUCUAUUCUGGUUAUGGGAGUUAAGGGGUUUAGUGUUUUUUGGGGUAGACUGCUAUUUUCUCAUUUGAC